CACAAUCCCAUUUCAUCCUUUCUCUUCUCACAACUCUCACCAGUAUAGUUCAUUGACCAUGGCUUCUUCUUCUUCUUCUUCCAAUCCCUCCGACAGCAUCCAAAACUACAGAUACGAUGUAUUCAUGAGUUUCAGAGGUGAGGACACUCGUAACUCCUUUGUUGAUCAUCUCUACGCUCAUUUCAUCCGAAAAGGUCUUUUUGUCUUUAAGGACGACAAAAGGCUCCAGAAAGGAGAAUCCAUUUCAGAACAGCUUCGACAAGCGAUUAAAGAUUCACGGGUUUCAAUCAUCGUCUUCUCCAAAAAGUAUGCUUCCUCAUCGUGGUGUCUAGACGAAAUGGCCGCUAUAGCCGAUUGCAAACAACAGUUGAAGCAAACAGUUUUCCCCGUUUUCUACGAUGUGGAUCCAUCUGAUGUAAGAUAUCAGUGUGGGGUAUACGAAAAUGACUUUGAUUUACACAGACGGAAGAAGUUCGAACACGAUCCAGACAAGAUUCGUCGAUGGGAGAGAGCUAUGACGGAUUUGGCCAAUUCUGUUGGUUGGGAUGUCAGGAACAAGCCAGAGUCUGAAGAGAUUGAAAGUAUUGUUCAAGCAGUAAUAAAAAAAUUGGGUCAUAAAUUUUCAUCAUUUGCUAGUGACCUUAUUGGAAUACAAUCACGUAUACAAACAUUAGAAAAUAUGUUGAGAUUAAGUUUAAAGAAUGAUGAUGUUUUAAUUUUAGGAAUUUGGGGGAUGGGUGGAAUAGGAAAGACAACUCAAGCUGCUGUCUUAUAUGAUAAAAUUUCUCAUAAGUUUGAUGCUUGUUGUUUCAUUGAGAAUGUGAGCAAAAUUUAUAGAGAUGGUGGCCAUACUGCUAUACAAAAGCAAAUUCUUCGUCAAACUUUACAAGAGAAAAAUCUAGAAAUGUAUAGUCCUUUUGAAAUAUCAGGGAUCGUAAGGAACAGGCUACACAACAUAAAGGUCCUUAUAGUUCUCGACGAUGUUGAUCAAAUAGAGCAAUUGCAGGAAUUGGCCAUAAAUCCUAAAUUUCUUUUUAAAGGAAGUAGAAUUAUUGUUACCACUAGAGAUGGACAUAUUCUAAAAUCGCAUGAAAAUCAUGUAUUGCACAAGGUUUCAUUAUUGAAUGAAAAUGAGGCUCGUGAACUAUUUUUAAGAAAGGCCUUCAAAAAUGAAGACCAAAGUAGUAGUUGUAUGGAGUUGAUUCCUGAGGUACUAAAAUAUGUCCAAUGUCUUCCAUUAGCAAUUAAAGUAAUGGGUUCUUUCUUGUGCACUCGAGAUGCUAUCCAAUGGAGAGAUGCCUUAGAUAGAUUGAAGACAAAUCCAAAUGAUGAAAUUAUGAAUGUACUUGAAAUAAGUCUUGAUGGACUAGAAUAUGAAGAAAAAGAAAUAUUUUUGCACAUUGCAUGUUUCUUUAAAGGGGAGAGGGAGGAUUAUGUUAAGCGAAUUCUAGAAUGUUGUGGAUUGCACCCUCAUAUUGGAAUUCCAAGAAUCAUUGAGAAAUCCUUGAUAACUAUUAGAGAUCAAGAAAUUCAUAUGCAUGAUAUGUUUCAAGAAUUAGGAAAGAAAAUUGUUCGCAACCGAUUUCCUGAAGAGCCAGGAUCAUGGAGUAGAAUAUGGCGCUAUGAAGAUUUCGAUCAAGUCUUGAUGGUAGAAACGGGAACAAAUAAUGUCAAAGCCAUAGUUCUUGAUAAAAAAGAAGAUAUCUUGGAAUGUAGAGUUGAUGUAUUGUCAAGAAUGAAGGAUCUUAGAUUACUCAUAUUAUAUCAUCAAAAAUUUUCGGGAAGCCUCGAUUCUCUUUCCCACAUGCUGCGAUAUCUUUUGUGGCAUAGUUAUCCUUUUGAUUCUUUGCCAUCAAAUUUUACGGCUGCUCAUAUUGUGGAAUUGAAUAUGCCAAAUAGUAGCAUCAAACGUGUUUGGGAAGGCCGCAAGAAAUUCCCAAAUUUGAAACGGAUGGAUUUGAGCAACUCCAAAUAUCUUGUUGAGACUACAGAUUUUUUUGGGACCCCAGAACUUGAGCGACUUGAUCUUUCGGGAUGCAUAAGUUUAUUACAAGUCGAUCCAUCAUUAGGAAGUCUUGGAAAACUUGCUUUCUUGAGUUUAAGAAAUUGUACCAAUCUAGUCAGCAUCGACUUUGACAAUGGAUCUAAUCUAAGUUCUCUGACAGUUCUACAUUUAUCUGGUUGCACUAAACUUGAAUACACGCCAAAUUUUACAAAGGCAGAAAAUCUAAAGUACCUUGACUUCGAUGGAUGUGCAAGUUUAGCCAUGGUUAAUGAAUCUAUUGGAGCUCUUUCAGGACUCACCUUCUUGAGUUUGAGAAACUGCGAAAAUCUUGUUAGUAUACCUAACAACAUUAAUGCCAUGAGAUCACUUCAAACUCUAGAUUUAGGUGGCUGUUUGAAACUUGAUGACUUGCCCGUAGGACAAGUUUUUAACUCUUUUUCUUUGGAAUCCUUGAUAUUUUUGGACCUAGGCUUUUGUAAUCUACUUAAAGUACCUGAUGCUAUUAGUGUGUUGGGGUGUUUAGAAAGACUGAAUCUACAGGGAAACAAAUUUCAAUCAGUAUGUGCAAUGACAUCUCUACAUUGUCUUGCAUAUUUAAACUUAUCACAUUGCCAUGAUCUUAUCUGGUUGCCUGAGCUUCCAUCAGGGAGGGAAUCAUCAGGGGGAAGGUAUUUUAAAAUGGUGUCUGGAUCUCGUGAUCAUAGGUCAGGGUUAUAUCUUUUUGAUUGUCCAAAACUGGCGGCUCGGAGGAGUUCCUUAAUGCAGCAUUUUCUUAGUUUUCGGCAACCCAAACUUUUUUGGCUUGCAAGACUAAUUGAGGAACCCUGUCAUUUUCGAUGUGGCUGUGACAUUGUUUUCCCUUGGGGCGCCAAUAAAGGUAUUCCCAGGUGGUUCAAAAACGAAUUUGCCAGUUGUUCAAUUAUGAGGAUAAAGGACUUCAAUAUGAAUGAUGAUUGGCUUGGCUUUGCCUUUUAUGUUAUAUUUAAGGUAAACAAUCCUCCUUCUCCGGAUUGUUCUUUUUCUUCGUCAGUGCGGCAUCCGUUUUAUCUUUCUUUCGAAAGUGAACACACGGAAGAAUACUUUGACAUGCCUCUUGAUUUGAAGAUGGAAAAGAUUGAUAAAUCAGAAUAUGUUUGGGUGAUUUAUAUCUCUCGACAACACUGCCAUUUUGUGAAAACUGGGGCACAUAUCACGUUUAAAGCCCACUCGGGUAUUGAGAUCAGUAAAUGGGGGAUGCGGAGUAUAUUCAGGGAAGAUUUAGAAGGCUUGAAAAGGAAGGCAGAAUCAGAAGGAGAUUUUCAUGACACAUCCCAACACAGUGUUGCUGUUGAUGAUGUAACAAAUAGCAUCACCAACCCUGGGCCCAAAAUUCAGCUUCCUUACAAUUGGUUGGUGACAGAGCAAGAUGAAGUCGAGAAUAUUGAAGCAAAGGCCAAAGAAAACAGUCUCUCCAAUGUGGGGCUUUAAUACGCAUGCCAAGAUAAUAUAUGGAAGCUCACAGACAUCUUUUCCAGAGAUUGAAAUCAUUGGACCCAAGUGAAGGACAAGAAGAACCAUUGAAAGGACAACCUGGAGGAUCAUGUGGAUGUUUGGCCUAGUUGUGGAGGCCUUUUCCCUUUAUUUAUUGUUUUUGUGUAUUUAUGUUAUGCUUUAUGUGCAAUUGUUUGUUCGUGAAUUUCCAUUUCAGUUUGUAUGUUAUGUAUGCCCAUGUAUAAAAACAACUUAUCGGGUACUUGAUUACUUGGAUAAUUAUUUCUUUUGCGAUCAAUAUAUAAAUGAUCUUAUCUGAUUUUAGUUCCA